AGAGAGAGAGAGAGAGAGAGAGAGAGAGAGAGCGUUUUCUUCAGAUUCAAAAUGUUCCACCUCCGUCCUUCUGCUUGUUCACAGACAGCUGAUGACGAUACGCCUCACAGCACCUUACACUGAGGAUACAGGAAACUUCUUCACAUUAAUCCACGGAUAAGAAGUAGUAGUGCUUUUUUCUUGUCUGUAUUGAUUCGCCUACUGCAUCAUGAGCGCUGAAUGCAGCAGUUACCACAGCGCUGACGGUGUGUCUGUGGACGGAUUCUCAUGCCCCAGACCGGGCAAUGCCGUUGCUGCUGUCUACUGCUGCGGAUUUAAUGAUGUCAAGUAUUGCUGUGACGAUCCCAACAGUUUUUUCCCGUAUGAGUACGGAUACAUGUGGUGGCUGAGUAUUGGUGCUCUGGUUGGUCUAUCCAUUGCAGCGGUGGUCCUCCUUGCCUUCCUCAUUACUGUGUGUGUCCUCUGCUACCUUUUCAUCGCCACCAAACCCAGUUGUCUUGACAACGGCCUACCCCUCAGAACGCCAGGAGAUCCCAGUGAAGGACCCAGUCAUGGGAGAGCGACCUGCGUCUCUGGUCCGCAGGGAUUCAGGAAACACUUCAUGAGCAGGAAACUGGACUGUGAUAACCAGCCGCCAGACCCCGAGCUCCUGUUCCAGAGGUGUUUCACAGCUACCACCACCGGCCUGAAAGUGGAAAAUCCUUCGUAGGCCGCGGAGAGACUUGUUAAAAAAAAAUUAGGCCAGCAGUCCAGAAAUCAAGAAAUUCAGUGUGUCUGAAGGCAGAAUGCGCUACCAGGGGACUGCUGGUACAAAUUAUACAAAAAAAAACAACACUCUGAGGGCUUUGAAUCAAAAUUGCGUAAGUGUACACAAUGAAAGCUCUCAAAAACAUGGAUUAAAUUUCUUCAGACACUAAAUGACUCUAACACAUACGUGUUUCGGCGCCCUGCAGCAGUAAUUAAGAGCAUACACAUGGAAUGAAUUAUUCACCAUCUUCUUGGAACAUAAGGUGUUUAAGUGGCCUCAAGAAAGCCAAAGCCUUGUUGAAUUAUUAAGGUGUAUGGUAGGGGGACUGAGGACAUAGGCCUGUUAAGAUCCAGUUUACACUCAAGAUGCACAGUUUCAUGAGCCUGACACACCAAGACAACAGCAGAGUCUAGGAUAUCCAGGCUAUAAAGUCAGGGUGCACCCUGGUGAAGUAGGGUGCUGUAUACUUGUUAUCACAUCUGCUACAUUUUACUCAGGGACUGAAGGAUUUAUGGGGAAGCUCUACAGUGUGAUGAGACCAGAAAAAUAACAGCACUGGUUAUUAAUUCAAGUGCAUUAGAUGACAAGAGACCUCUUGUAAUCAUUAAUUUUUGACUCAAGGUCAGUCUGUCUCCUACCAACACUCAGAGCUGUUUUUUUUUUUAACCAUGACCAAUUUCAGCCAGAGACACAUCAAGGAACUGACCUUUUUUUUUUAAAAGAUGUAUUUUGGCAGUUUUGCCUCUACAGUAAUUGACAGCUGCCAGUGAAGAGGCAGACAGGGAAAUAGCAGAGAGAGUGGUAUGACAAAGGUCCCCAGCUGGAAUGAAUUGACCAUUUAUUGCAAAUGGUUGUACACUUUGCUUUUAACAGCAAUGGCGCUCUCAAGAUAAUCUAAGUCUCAACAUGGAUUCUGCUGAGAGAAUAAGAAACACAUACAAGAACAUUAAAUCUCAUUUAUAUUGACAAUACCAAAAUUAUAGCACAUAAGGAGGACGUUGGGGCGGUGGAGCUUGCUGUGGCAGCAUCAGAAUAGCAACAGUAAUAGGUGCCAAGUUAAAAUGGCCCACUCUAAACCUACCUAGACCUGCAUGAAUAUUAUUGGAUAUUACUAGUGAGCUGAAGAGUGAAUGAGCCAGUGAAUGUGAAGCAUGCAGUGUUGUAUGGCAAAAAAGUUGAAACUGGCUCAACUUUUCCAAUCAAAUACAUGAAUGAGUACACAUUCCUGGUAGAUUACUUCACAACAAGAACACCAUGUUUCUAAUGAUUAUGUGAUUAAAAAUAAGAAUUGCCACUGUGAGUUGUAAAUUCACACAUCUGCUACUCAAACUAGAAUUUUUUGAUUGUGUUUCAUAGCUCACCUGAAAGAGACAAUGAGUAGGAUUUCCCUAAAAACCAAUGUAUAGACUCAUACAAAAGUAAUCUCUCUCAAUCAUUACUUAUGAGCCACUAGAAGUGUGUGGCGGUGUCUGUAUCUGAAGGGACCCUGCCCUCUGACUGGAUUUUCUUACUUUACUGUGUUGGGGACGGUUCUGGGAGUCAGCCUCUAUAAAAACCUAGCGACCAGAUGCCAGAUCGUUACCACACAUCCAAGACGGAGCUACGAAAAAUGGUGCACACAGUGCUGAAAAAUUUAGCGAGCACCGUAACCAUCAUUGAGCUGGGGAGGAAGUUCCAACUUUGAAUGUUGUGUUUACAAACCGCAACCAAAAAAUCCUACUCAUUCUGCCUUUAAGCCAAAAGUCCCCACCAACGCAGCCCGGUUUGUUUGAACGCUUAGCUGUUUUUGGUCUUAACUCCCACUUAACUAUUGAGAUUGCAGAUGAGAAAAAAAGUUUAUAUUUAUAAUUUCUAUAACAGUCAUAUCAACCAAUUAAAGGCAAUUCAAAUGUACCUUUUUGUUGUGAAGGUAUGGUGUGUGAUACACAGGCAGCCUCUGAGACAGUGGUCCUGGUUCAAACUGUAGAAAAACAGCUGAGCUGCCCAUCUCAUUCUGAGGAGAUUCAGUGUGAUGUUGUGGUUCAGGUGUAGGUAAGAACAGGUUUGCUGAGUGUUGAAAAGAACAUCUCAUGCACUUUCAUUUUCAGAAAGUUUCUAAGUUCCAACUUAAAGGAUGCGUUCAUCUAUUUUCAAGUCUGACUUGGGCAUGUUGAGUACUGUUUUAAAAAGAUGUGGAUCUAUCCUUUAUUACUUUUAAGUGAGAAAUAAAGAACUGUAGACUAACUUGUUAUCUGUCUUAUGAAAUUCACAGUACAUUUGGAUUACUGUUUUACAUCCAAACACAUGUCAUAGUAAAUGGCAGUAUGACACUGCAUAGUGUUGCAUUGCCAGACCUUCCUCCACUGCGGUGCUGCGGAGGAGGAAGGUCUGGCUAGUCCACACAGCAUUCUGGGAUGAGAGAAAAACAUGCUCUGGUUUAUUGGCAUUUCUUUAAACCAAUCACAAUCGUCUUGGGCGGUGCUAGGCACCGGGAAAAGCCGCGGUACCACUGCAAAAUAGCCUCAGGAAGGAACUUGUUUUGGUGGAACGUGUACGUUCAAAGUUUGUUUUAGUUGUGCAACAGAAAACUCAGAUUGGACAGAUAGUCUAGCUAACUGUCUGGAUUUACC